CAUUCAUUCCGCUGUUCGGAAGUCCAUUUCUAAUUUUGCAAGUUGCAAUGUCAGCUUUGCGAGGGCUACGAAAACAAACAACUCUGCUCUGAAUGCCGGGCGGUUUGUGGUUUGGUUUGUUUUUGAGAGAAAAAAACUAACAUUUAGUUAUUUUUGCAAUUGCAUGUUUGCAUAUAAUUUCAUACAAUAAAACUAAUCGAAGGGGGUCAAGAAACCUCGCGAUGCAAGCUCGUCGUUCUGCAAAGAGAUCGAUUCUGGGCAGCCGGGUUUGCGCUCCUAGUCCGGCCGGAGAUGGGCAGCUUAUCCCCGGGGUGAUCCAGGCGCUGAAAUCCGAAAACAAGGAGUGCGGGGGGCGAUGCAACCUAUACAUGGUCAUGCUGGAGGAUGGCACCCUGCGGGAAUACCCGGAGGAGGAGAUCGUCGUGAUGGGACCUGGUUUGCACCACCACGUCAGCAAAGUGCAGAUGAAAUGCAGAGAAAAGCUCUAUUGCAAUGGCCGUGACUCAUCAUCUGUCACACCGUCGUGUGAUCAAAGUCACAAUGAGAACCACCAGAAGGUGCUGGAGCAGCAGUUGCCCCUUGUGAGAAAGAUUGAAGCCAUGAAGAUACUGGAAACUAAAAAGAUUGGCAGGAUUCAAGAUCACGACAAGGACCACGUACGACCGAUUGGUGCUGUUUCUGAUCAGAAAAGAAAAGUUGUUUCUUCCAAUAUCGAUGUCCCUCGUGCAAGAAAUUUCUCUGAAGAAGGAGAGAUGGACAAAGUAACUGCAGCAAUGGUCCUAACUAGCUUGUCCACCAGCCCACUGGUCCGCAGUCCUCCCUCCACAGUCCGUGUAGCAGAUCAGAAUGGCUCUUGGAAGGAGACAGCCAACAUGUCAUCGAGCUACAGCAGCAGUGGCAACUGGAGCUGGGGGGCACCAAGUGACCAGUCAAAUCCAUCCACCCCAUCACCACCUUUAUCAGCUGACAGCUUCAAGCCUUUCCGUGCGACCGUCCAGCCAGAUGACAGUAUUGAUGAGGCAGAAUCCAGCAACCUGUUGUUUGAUGAGCCCAUUCCAAGGAAGAGAAAGAACUCAAUGAAAGUUAUGUUCAAGUGUUUGUGGAAGAAUUGUGGAAAGGUGCUGAGCACUGCUGCAGGGAUCCAGAAGCAUAUUCGUACCAUGCACUUGGGACGUAACGUAGAUUCAGAUUGCAGUGAUGGUGAAGAGGACUUCUAUUACCAGGAGAUCAAACUGAACACGGAUUCUGUAGCUGAGGGUUUGGGCAGCCUGUCUCCAGUGUCGCCAUCGGUGUCGUCACCACCUACGCUCUCAAGCUCGGAUUCAGGACGAUCUGAAACCAGCGUCACCAGAACCGAGGCCAAAACCUCCACCCCUCUCAGUCGGUCAGCGCCAACCUGCCUCUACCUCGUCCACACUGACCACGCUUAUCAGGCCACGGCACCUGUUAAUAUUCCUGGAUCAAAGUUCACACCUACCAGCAAUGGGUUCAGCAUCUCUUGGCAAUCUCCGCCGGUUACUUUCACCGGCAUCCCGGUUUCGCCAACCCAUAGUCAUUCUGUGAAUGCUGGAGAACAGCGACAGCAGCCCAUCUCUUCACUUUCCUCUCCACCAAGACCUGUGCUUGGAGCAAGAAAAAUCCGUGGAGAAGGAAAGAAAUGCCGGAAAGUAUAUGGGAUGGAAAACCGAGACAUGUGGUGCACUGCCUGUCGUUGGAAGAAAGCAUGCCAGAGGUUUAUUGAUUAGAGGCGAGUUGUGAAAGGCCUUUGAGAAGAAUUUUUUUGUUUGGGCAGCUACUAAGAAUGUUUUUUUUUUGAAGCACUAAACGUUUUUUUAAAAUAAAUUUAUAACUGUAGCAGCAACACUCAUAUCAAACAAGAUGCACUUAAGAGAAGCCUAUGUGGAACUGAGCAGAAUAAAGCUUACUCACAUCUUUGUGACGGAAGAUGCUUCACCCGGGAAUCUUGCUGUAAGCAAGAGGAGUGAUGAGGCGAUUCGGUAGCAAAUGCUUUUUUAUUGGCUUGAAGUAUGACUGACCAGAUAUUGAAGUAUAUUGUGCUGCAGAUUUUUGUUUGGUCAUGGAGGCUUCUCAGGAAGCCUGACGGCUUUGAACACUUUGUUGACAAAGUGAAACACUCACAUGGUUUAUAUUUCUGUCAUGACUUCACUGUUCUUCUAAGCAGUAUUACAUGCAAUUCCUUUAAGAUUUUAUAGCACAAACCUUCUCACAUCUUACAGUACUUGAUCUUAUUCUAUUAACAUUCCUCUGUACUUCACCCUCAUGCACUUAUCUACCUUCCCUCUUAAAGUUGCUCUAAUCACUCUACGUGAUACCAAGUUUGAUAUUUCACUACUCUGGUAAAAACAAAAUCUAAUUACCUUCUGCUGGUGUUUCUUAUAUUUUCUUCACAUAAGCUAGUUAGACGUAGGUGAACACGUGGAGUACUGCAUCCUAUUUGAAGAUAUUGCAAUGUACAGUAUGUCUUAUUUUCUGGGAAGUUAAGGGACGUGCACGAUCAGGGUCCCGCGGAAUGGAGGACGAAAUUAUUUCUUCCUACUGGUGUGAUAAACUUUUAUGAAAGCAAAACUGGUUCUGCUGCAACAAUAAGAAGGCCUUGUGGAACAUCGGCUAGGAACCUUUGUUUUUUAUAUUUGCAAAAAAAUAUGUAACAAAUGUUACAAAGUUCUGAUUGACAAACUAGUGGACUUGUUAGGGAUGUGCAUUGAACUGGUUAUUGAACAAGGAAUGUGCAAUUGAAUUGAUGCCAGUUUUGUUUAUCGUUACCACUGGAGGGUGCCAGGGUUUGUUUAAAUUUUGUCAUGUUGGCUCCAGUCCUCUUCUGACUUAGCAAACUUGCACAACACAUUUUUAAUGUGGCAGGCAACGCACUUAACAUAGGGCAGAAUCUUGAUGUGUGUGUUCACUGUCAGCAGCACCAAGGAGGUGGGUUGAAAGCUCAACCUAUUGAAGAACAUGCCUGAAAUUAAUGGAGUGAAAAUUGAGUAGAUCCUUUAACAAGUGGUUAACCACACCAUUAGAUUUCCAGGAGGGCCAUGAGGCUGAAAAUUACCCAUAAAUUGCUGAUGUUUCUCUUGGCUAAUAAAACAGUAAGUAUAUGAUGCUUACCACUAACUUAAUCUGUUUAAGCCAUUUAAGUGCUUACAGAACAACUGAAACCAUUUUCCUUGUGGGAACAUGAAAUGAUUACCAAUUAGUAUAUCCAUUUUUCAUUAGGUCCAUCCAAAUAAAGUUGCCAUUGCAAGACACUGCAUGAGCUCAACUGUUUUUUUUAAUAUGUUCCUCAGUGUUACAGCAAUUCCUGACAAUAUUAGAAGUCAUUAUCAUUAUCAGCUUGUAAAACUAUUUAAAAUGUAUAGUCUGUAAUUCUGGAAAGUCCAGGGGACAAGCUUGCCUUUCCUUUCUGAUGAUUUGCGGAGAUUAUUCAUUUGAAACCAUCUCGGAUAUCUAGGUUGUGGCAGAGUGUUUCGGGGUUCAGUUUUCCUUGGGGCAUUUCUGCUCUGUUACUGUUACUCCAUUAAGUGCAUUGGAAAACUUAUUUACAAACCAGUUACAAGGAAAGCCUCAGCCAACUUCAAUAGCUUUUCAUUUUAUUCUUGUGAAAUGACAGUUUAUUGAAAUCAUCAGGAAUUCUGAGAUAGGUUGUUCCUAAGGCAGGCAUGUUGUCCAACUGUUGUUAUUUCAGCUUGUAAAAUAGAACAGGGAAAAUAAUUCUGACUAGUAACAAUAAUAUCUAAAUCACACAAGCAUGUUUUAGAUAAUAAGAAUAUUUUUAAUCAAAAAAAGGUGCAAUAGUGGUGCCCAUUUAUUUCAAAGCAGUAGUCAAAAUGCACUUUCUAGUGUCAAAAGCAUCACUCAGUUGGAACUGAUGCACCAUCAAUAACUCUCAGAGACUUGAGUUGAGUUAAGGUAGGCUUUUAUUGGCUGGAAGAAAGCACAAGCAGCAAGUGACCAUCACAAAACAUCCUGGAGACUGAGGGAGGGGCUGUGGCUCCAAUCGCCUUUAUACCGGGGUCUGUGGACAAGAGCAACAGGAGCAGUCAGUGGGGGGUGGGAGGGGGGGAGGCGUGUCCAGAUAGGUAUAUGUAGUUCACCACAGGAACACAAGUAAGACUCUCUUGGCUUUGGAGCACACAUCAUUAUUCGCAGUUCUUGCCCUUUAAGCACUAUGUUUCUGCCAAGAUUUGGACUAAUUAUAAAGCACAAUUUGUUCAGGAAAUUUAUUUUGUGAAAAUUACUGUAUAUAAAAGUUGUGCAUUACAAAAUAUGGAUUUGAGGACUGAGGAACCAUACAUAGUGAUUGUGAAUUUUGGCAAUGUUCGUAACUUAUAUGAUGGAAUCAGUCAAUCCUGAAUAUGCAUUUUAUAGCCACCAGUGACAAUUCCCAUAGACUAGUUUGCACUGCUAAACCAAAUGUGACAAUAUUUCUGAAUGAUGCACUUAAGGACAUAAGAAAGUAGGUAGUACCUGUUCAUUAAACAUUAUGAAGUUUGAUGGACAUUUUUAGAAAAAAAAAGCAAAUGUUAGGGUGUUUGCACAUCCCUACUUUAUAAAUAUAUAUAUUUGUGUGUGUAUAUAAAAUGCCUAUUGUGACUAUAUUGAAAACUUGCUUUGUGUUAUCCUAAUUGGUUGCCCAAGUGGCAUUUGCUUUCCUAAAUUAUAGGAAUGCUCUUAUUCCCUAUUGAGCCAGAGGUGCUGCUGCAUUUUAUUGUAUUAAGUCACAUUGUGCUAUCUUCACUGAGCUAAAACAUCUAAAGUGCAAGGUGCUAAUUUUCCUGGGUUUUAAAAUCAACCAAGGCCACACUUUUAUUCUUCUUGUCUAGCAGAUUUGACAGUAAUUAUUUCCCAGCUAAAACUAAACAUCUUUACACUAUACAAUAUUUCUGUAAUAAAAACUGGCCAUUCUCCCCAACACGUUCCUGUUGGUAUUUAACUUCACACUAACUCCUUCCGUCAUGCAUCACUCUAAAUCAGGGGUUUGCAGCCUGGGGUCCACAGACCCCUUGGUUAACGGUAGGGUCCAUGGCGUAAAAAGAUUGGGAGCAGCUGCUCUAAAUAGUACUAAAUGCACGUAAACUUUUUGCCUCAGAGUCCAUGAUUUCCUUGAAUAGAUCCGAUGUUUUUGUUUUUUUCAUAAUCAAAAUAUUCUAAUAUUCCAACUGCAUGCAAUACGUACAUAGCCAUGGUAGCGUAGCAAUUAGUACGACAUUAUUACAAGUCGGGGUAAUAGAGUUCAGAGUUCAGUUCCAGGGUCCUCCGUAAGGAAGUUUAUCUGUUCUUCCCAUGUGCACGUGGGUUUCCUCCAUGUACUCUGGUUUCCUCCCACAGUCCAAAGACGUAUCGAUUAGUAGGUUAAUUGGUCAUCGUAAAUUUACCCACGAUUAGGCUAAGGUUAAAUCUACAGCCCGAUGAGAGAUGCUCCGAACACCGCCAGAGAUGGAGGACCUUCAUUGCUGCCCUAAACGCCAGCGGGGUUAAUGGGCGGUAAGUAAGUAAAUCAGUGGGUUGCUGGGCCAGGAAGGCCUGUUCCACACCACAUUUCUAAAUAAAAUAAAAUAAACAUUGUUCAAACUUUUUGCAAUAACGUAGGUAAUUCAGCCAAAGUAAAUCUCUUCAGGCUAUCUAACUGAAGCUAUCCUGGCGUAAGUGCCCAGAAUUUUUCCUCUGUUUUUCCACUCUGCACUCAGAGAUUAAUUUGCUACUUAAUUAUCUUAUUUGAAUCUCAAGAAAGCAAUUGUGAUUUAUAAACACCUCAUAUCCAUGACCAAAAUCUGAGGUUAAAUUACUUACGUAGAUGUGUAGUUCAACUGUGGAGAAUUGAAACAUCUGCUUCUUUCUAAAUCCUGGUCUCUUUUAUCUCCAUUGGCUGUCACAUCAAACUAUGUGUUAAAGAAAAACUAAUCUUAAAGGAUGUUGGGAAAAAUAUUUCAUGAAUAAUUGCACAAAAGUAGACUAGUAAACUGAAAACCAUACAACACAGGAAUAUUCAGUGAUGUCAAAGCAGUUUCAUUACUCUCAAUCUCUAUUCAGGUACUUUAAAUGACAAAAGGAAAAUCUUAUUGUUCUUGGGAAAUCAAAUCACAUGGUAUUUAACAAUAUACUGUCACAUAACAUGGAUCAUUUAUACUUGUGCUUGUUUAACUAGAGGGGUAAUUUAGCUUUCUUACCAAAGAAAUGCCACAUUAUGUGAGCAAUGCUGUCAAAAAAAAAAUAAUGUUAGGAACUGCUUUGCAUUUGAUUAAAUAUAAAGCAGUUCUUAACAUUUUUGUAAUAUUGCGUACAUAAUUUUCCAUUCUCUCUCAUGACAUUUAUCUAUACCAAUCAACAGCCUACAUUCCAGUUCAUUCAACAUUCCAGUUUUGCCUCCAAAUCUAAUGAUUCUUAUAAUUCGUGCAACAUCCUCAGUCGUUUAGCCCUAGUGUUUUGCACUGCUGUUUAAUGACCUUCCUGUCACAUUUCAAACCUUGUUGCUAGUUGCACGACACACCACGGUUCCAAGUAUAUCACUUGGUCUUUUCAAAUGUGACAACAUCUGCAGAUGCGGGAAGUCCUAAGCAACAGACACACAGAAUGCUGGAGGGACUCAGCAGGCCAGGCAGCAUCUAUGGAAAAAAGUCAACAGUCGACGUUUCGGGCCGCGAACCUUCUUCAGGACUGAGAGGGAAGUGGGGAGAUGCCUGAAUUAAACGGUGGUGGGAGGGGAAGGAGGCUAGCUAGAAGGCAAAGUCGGGUGGGUGGGAAAGAUCAGGGGCUAGUGAGGAUAGAAUCUGAUAGGAGAGGAGAGUGGACAAUUGUAAAGGAAGGAGGAGAGGACCCCAAGGGAAAGAAAUAGACAGGGGAGAAGUAGUAAGAAGCCGGAGUGGGGAAUAGAGGAGGGGGGAUUGGGGGAUCUUGUUCACCAGAAGGAGAAAUUGAUAUUCAUGCCAUCAGGGUAUCCAGACGAAAUAUAAGGUGUUGCUCAUCCCACCUCAUCUUGGAUCUUUUCUGCUUCCAGCAUUGACUUUUCUGUACACUGCUGUGUUACCGAGCACAUUCUCCUCUCUACUGAUGACUCCUUGAGAAAUUGACUGUUGAAAUCCUUCUGAAACUUACAGCAAAAGGGUGCUUAACAUGCAGUACAGUAAGAAUAUGUAAAAAUCAUUGUUAAAGUUUGAAUUAAGUGUGAAGGGUUAUAGAAAGAUUUGCAUACGUAUCAAAUAUGUGAAGAGUUUUGUGACGAUCUAUAGUUUACCGUUAAUCCAAAGUAAUUUAAUUAAAGCCGGCUGGUGGUGUGGCAUCCGCCCCAGACUUCGAAGCAAGUGGUCGGGUUCGAAUCCAGCUGGCUCUUUGCUCACUUUCCAUCCGUGCUGGGUUGAGCGUCGAGCUAGCAACUCGGCCUCGUAAAAAGCAGACAAAAUGCUAAAGAAGUGGCAAGGUUGCCACCUGAUGCACUACAAGCCACCUUGAGGAAUAAAAAAAACUUAAUUAAAUCCAAUUUGUAUUAGAAAAUCAAUUUGCCUGUACAUUAUAGAAAACUGUUUCUACCCUGAAGACCAUAAGUUAAGGAGAUGUCCUUCUUCAAAGAAAAGGGCUUCCCUUUCUCCACCAUCAAUGCUGCUCUCAACUGCAUCUCUUCCAUUGCGCGCAUGUCUACCCUCACCCCGUCCUCCCGCCAUCCCACCAGGGACAGGGUUCCUCUUGUCCUCGCCUACCACCUCACCAGCCUCUGCGUCCGGCACAUAAUUCUCUAACGGGAUCCCACCACCAAGUACAUCUGUCCCUCACCCCCCCACCCCCCAAUUUCUGCUUUCUGCAAGGAUCGCUCCCUACACAACUCUCUUGUUUAUUCGUCCCUCCCCACUGAUCUCCCUCCUGGCAUUUAUCCUUGCAAGUGGAACACCUGCCCCUACACCUCCUCCCUCACUACCAUUCAGGGCUCCAAAGUCCUUCCAGGUGAGGCAACAUUUCACCUGUGAGCCUGUUGGGGUCACAUACGGUGUCCGGUGCUCCAGGUGUGACCUCCUGUAUAUCGGUGAGAUCCGGCGUAGAUUGGGAGGCUGCUUCACCGAGCACCUACACUCCAUCCACCAGGAAAAGUGGGAUCUCCCAGCAGCCACCCAUUUUAAUUCCACUUCCGAUUCCCAUUCCAACAUGUCAGUCCGUGGUCCCCUACUGUCGUGAUGAAGCUGGAGGAACAACACCUUAUAUUCCAUCUGGGUAGCCUCAACCUGAUUGCAUGAACAUCGAUUUCCGGAACUUCCAGUAAUGCAACCCUCCUCACCAUUCCCCAAUCCCAUUUCCCUCUCUCACUUUAUUUCUUUACCUGCCCAUCACCUCCCACUGAUGCUCCGCCCCCAUUCCCUUUCGAUCAUGGCCUCUGUCCUCUCUUAUCAGAUUCCCCCUUCUUCAGCCUUUUAUCUCUUUCACCAAUGGACUUCCCAGCUCUUUACUUACCCCUCCCUCUCCCGGUGUCACUUAUCACCUACUACUUUGUAUUUCUUCCUCCGAUGCCCCCCACCCACCUUCUUACUUUGGCUUUUCUUUUUAUUUACUUUUUUAGUUCGGUCUCGGCCUAAAAUGUCGACUGUUUACUCUCUUCCACAGAUGCUGCCUGGCCUGCUGAGUUUCCCCAGCAUUUUGUGUGUGUUGCUUAGACUUCCAGCAUCUGCAGAUUUUCUGUUGGCCAUAAAUUAAUAUCGUUUAAUCAAAUAGUGGAAAUUUGGCAACAUGACUUACUGUGAAAUUAUUUCUGUAUCUGUUAGACAAGACUUUUAAUAGUUUGGCUGAAAUGUGACUACAAUAUAAAUUCUCGAAUGAAAUCAAGAUUUACGAAUUUCAUCAGAUGAUUUCCUGGUGCUGAUAGACACAAACUACAGUUGCCACAGGCAGCACAUGGCAAAAUAGUUUUUAAAGAAGUGAACUAUUUCAAAUGAUAUUCAUAAACAUUUGUAUGAGUGUUUCCAAGUUUAACGAAUGUUGUUUUCUACCAAAGGACAUUGUAUUUGCCAAUAUGUAGACCAACAUUACUUGCCAGAGAGAAGAUAAAACCUUGGGAGUGCUGUUUUCACAGGUUUGUUAAGUGGCAGAAAAUGUUGGACAGGACUUUUAUCAAGCCAUAACAAAUUUUCUUAUGUUUGGACUAGUAGGAUUUACUCAGGAGAACGUGCAGUAUCAUUGUUUGUUAUUUGUAGGAGAUUCAGACACGUCACAACUGCACACUCUAUCUUGCAUUCAAUGAGGCAAAUUGAAAUGUUUAGAACCAUUGUCACAUAAAAGUGAAGAAAAAGAUAUUUUGACCCAAAAAGUUGCUGUCAAUUUGGUUAACCUUUCUUUUUUUGCCUUCUUAUGUGAUCUAUCUAAUUCUAUCUUUAUCUCACUCCCUCUCAUUCCUUCUUUCUUUCUCUCUCACUCUCUUCCCCCUCUCGCUCUCUCUCUCUCUCUCUCUCUCUCUCUCUCUCUCUCUCUCUCUCUCUCACUCACUCACUCACUCAC